AUGCCUCCACGACCAUUGAAACUAUCAGCAUCCGCUCUCCGGAGCACCAGACAUCUCCGCACAGGAACCCAGCUCCGCUCCAUCUCCGUCACAGCUCAAGCCAUCGGCAUCCAACGGCAAACGCCCAAGCUCAAAUUCCCUACAGUGCUUGUUUCAAGCCCAGGCAUUACGCCUCUAAGACAAUUCUCUGCGACACCUCUCCAAUCCUCACCUACAGCCUCACCAUCCGCAAAAGACCAAGCGGAUGCCAUCGUCGAACAGCUACAAGACCUGGCUAACAGUAUACCGCCACCAAGAUACGAAACCGCCAAGGACGAAUUCGAGAUCGCGACGGAAUCCACCGACGACUCAACCAUCUACGCCGCCUCAGACCGUGAGUCCGCGCGCGACGCGUUGAACGACCUCAUUAUCGCCUAUGAGCUUUACACAGGCUCGACUCUCGGGACGGGCACGAAGGAAGGACAGGCGCCGCGAGAAGAACAAAGCGUAGCGGACGCGAACAAGAGGGAAUCGGUGCUGGAGAAUAUUCUAGAGAUCGAUCCUAACGAGUUGACACAGGAGGCUCGGGAUAUGGUGAAGAAGAGGGUUGGGCAGAGGCUUAGAGAGUUGAAGAGUGCGGUUGAGGCGUUGGAGGCGAGGGCGCAUGAUUAG